GAGAGAAAAGUGGAAACUACAACACUGCUGCUUCAAGCUGCUGACUCUCCACACACUGAAGCUUCACUCAGAGACUAAAUGGCUUCCAGAUCAGAGGAUGAUUUCUGCUGUCCAGUCUGUCAGGAGGUCUUCAGAGAUCCUGUUGUUCUGUCAUGUAGCCACAGCUUCUGUAAAGUCUGUCUGAAGAACUGGUGGAGAGAGAAACCAUUACACGAGUGUCCAGUUUGUAACAGAAGAUCUUCAAGGGAUGAUCCACCUGUUAGUCUGGCCUUGAGGAACCUGUGUGAGUCCUUCUUACAGGAGAGAGAUCAGAGAUCUCCAGAGGCUCUCUGCAGUCUGCACUCUGAGAAACUCAGACUCUUCUGUCUGGAUCAUCAGCAGCCAGUGUGUCUCGUCUGCAGAGAUUCACAAAAACACUCCAACCACAGAUUCAGUCCCAUCGAUGAAGCUGCACGACAGCACAAGAAGAACCUUCAGGAAACUCUGGAGCUCUUACAGAAGAAGUUAAAGUUUUGUGAAGAAGUUAAUGUGAAGUUUGAUGAAACAGAAAAACACAUCAAGGUCCAGGCCCAACACAUAGAGAGGCAGAUUAAGGAGCAGUUCAAGAAGCUUCACCAGUUUCUAGCAGAGGAAGAGGAGGCCAGGAUGGCUGCACUGAGGGAGGAAGAGGAGCAGAAGAGUCAGAUGAUGAAGAAGAAGAUGGAGGCUCUGAACAGAGAGAUAGCAGCUCUUUCAGACACAGUCAGAGCCACAGAGGAGGAUCUGAGAGCUGAAGACGUCUCAUUCCUCAACAACUACAAGGCUGCAGUGGAAAGAGUCCAGCGCUGCCUCCUUCUGGAUGAUCCACAGCUGCUCCCAGGAGCUUUGAUAGACCAGGCCAAACAUCUGGGCAACCUGGCCUUCAACAUCUGGAACAACAUGAAGGACCUGGUCUCCUACACUCCUGUCAUUCUGGAUCCAAACACUGCUGGAAGAAAACUGAUCCUGUCUGAAGAUCUGACCAGUGUGAGAUUAGGAGAUGGGCAGCAGUUUCCUGAUAAUCCAGAGAGGUUUGAUUAUUUCUGUUCUGUCCUGGGCUCUGAGGGUUUUAACUCAGGGACUCACAGUUGGGAUGUUGAUGUUGGAGAUAACAUAUGGUGGUUACUGGGGGUGUCGGCGGAGUGUGUCCAGAAGAAGGGACGCACACCAUCUGGGUUGUGGACAAUAAGGUUUGGUAAAGGUAAAUAUUCAACAUAUUCACCAGCAGCUCCUCACACUGUUCUCCCAGUAAAGAAGAAGCUCCAGAGGAUCAGAGUGAAUCUGGACUUGAACAGAGGAAAUCUGUCCUUCUUCGAUCUUGAUAGUUACACACACAUACACACCUUCACACACACUUUCACUGAGAGGAUGUUUCCAUAUAUUAAUGCUGUGAAUAAACUCCCUGUGAAGAUUUUACCAGUGAAGUUCUCUGUGACAGUUAAUCAGAGCAGAUGAUUCCAUUCAUGAUAUUACCUCCUUCUCAAAGACAAAAGUCAGUGAAUCUAAAAAGAACUGUUAGUUUAGAGAGCUAACAAAAAAAUUAUUAAUGCUUAAUCACGUACAUGUACAAUAAUCUUCAUGUUUUUAUUGCGUUUCAACCAGAGGAGUUCUUCUUUGGGUUUUGUAAACUUGUUGAUUUCAGAGCUGAAUGUUUGACUCUUCAGAAAUGAAAAGCUGCCAGAUGAUCGAGAUGUGAAUGAUCUGAUGAUGUGAGCUGUAUUUCAUGUAAUCUAUGACCUGUUGUCAUUAUGUUCAUCUACUUUCUAAUAACAUUGUGUGUAUGAUAAUAAAAAGGGAAAGUGUUCAGAAUUGCAGUCGCCACGUCUUCAUUUUGACUGGAAUGUGAGGAGGAAAGGUUAAUGUUGUAUGGUUUGGAAACUACCUACCACUAAAACCAGUUGGAGGAAAUAUGUGACAUAACAAUG